GGGAUUUCAUGAUCGGAAAUGGGCUCCUCACACUCCCCACCCACCAGGCCCCCUUUAAACUCCUCCUGCAGUCUCCCUACACUGCUCUUGUCUCUGAAAACACUCGCUGCUGCCGCAAACACAAACAGGAGAAAAUGGGGACAGUGAACAUCUGGUUGAAACGGAGUUAUGUGGGGCUGACAUGUUUCAUCAUGAUCACCUGUAUCGUCAUGUGUGGAUUCACUCUGUUCCACCAUGGAGUCAUGUACAAAGAAGAGGAGAUCGAUAACUCAUCCGGUGCCUCCAAAGGCGUGCACAUGUUCUAUGUCUUCUAUGCUGCAAGUUUCCUGUUUAGCAUUUUUGGUUUGUUUGGGAUCUUUAAGAAGAAGACGUGGCCUCUUAUAGUGUUCACAGUUGGAAUCAUCAUUUGCUCCCUGGCCAGUCUACUAGUUGCCACCGUAUUAAUGAUCGGACAAUCAAUGUUUCCUCAUUUUAUUAAGGAUGAGUAUCUAGGCAUGCUGCCACUGACUAAUGCUACUGAAACUGUUACAGAAACCCUCGAUCACUUGCAGAGUGAGUUUGAGUGUUGUGGAAUCGAUCAAGGCUACAAAGAUUGGAUGGGAGUCAUCCCGCAUUCCUGCUUGUGUGCUGAAGAUGCUACAAACCCAUGUGUGGCUGCUCCAAGGAACAGUACUCUAUAUGAAGAGGAGAAUCCUGUCAUGAUUUAUGCAGAGCCAUGUCUCCCGAUCUUUCUGGAAAGUGUUGACGGACUUAUAAAAGGAACUAUUGGUCUAAUACUGGGAAUCACGAUAUUGUGGGUGCUGUCAGUGGUCUUGUGUAUCGUCAUCUUGUGUCAAAUGAACCGGAAGGAGGAAACGCCCAAAGUGGUCUACAGUAAAGAAGCAAAAGCCGGCAACUACAGCUACCUCACAGAAGCUUGAAGCACCGAUGAAAAUGUUUAGUUGUUGUUUCAGCCGCUGAGACAAAAUCCUGCCUAAAAAGUCUUAAAAUGUAAAAAAAAAACUGUACAAAAAAGUAAAAAUUGUUUCUAAUCAUCAGUCAAUCUCUCACAGUCUUUUGAAGGUUUUCUUUAAUUUACAUUCCACUUAAAAACAAAUUUUUUCAGUUAUAAUUGUUUUUUAUUUAUUA